AUGGAGCAGGACUUAAAAGUGCUUCAGGAACAAGCUAUCACUAAAGCUUCUCCAUGUGAGGCUGAUCUUCAGGAAUUAGUGCAUCAAAUUGAUGUCAUAGUAAACAGCAAGAAAGUGGAAUGGGAAAGGAAGAUGAAAGCUUUAGAAGCAAAGAUGGAUAUCCAGGAUCAAGAAUUGGCAAGCGUCCGAAGCAAGCUGGACCAAAAAGGUCAAGAGGUGGGACUACUACAGCGGAAACUAGAAGACCUGCAGAAAGCUAAAUACGAAAUGGUUGAGAAUUAUGAAACUCAGCUUCAAGCACUGCAGUCCCAAUUUUCAAAGUUGAGACGUAGCUAUGAAAAGCUACAGGCACAUCACUCAAAGCAAAAAAAGGUUGAAAGCAGAGAAAAAACUGAGAAAAGCCUAGAGACACCCCCUGAACUGAACAAUUUAUACAAGACACUGGAGGAAUUUAAAGCAGAAUCAAGAGAAGGGGAUAAGAAGGGGACAAUCUACCAGAAUUGCUGUGUUUAUUUAGAUGCUCAACAAAAAUUGUCAUCUGAGAAAUGUAAUAUAUCUCAGAAGCAGACUCAGAAUUAUCCGUUCCAAAUAAGCAGUAAGAAACAAAACCAAGAAGAGGUAAUUACCUAUGGCCAGCACAACAGUGAAAAGGAUGAGUUCAUUAUUGAAAAGCUAAAGGCAACUGUGAAUGAAAUUGCAAUAAACAAGAAUAAACUAGAAGAAGAAAAUCUGAAACUCCAGGAGGAUCUAAAAAUGUAUCAACAGCAGUGCCAGAACAUAGAGGCAGGCUUCUCAGCAAUGAGAAAUGUGUUGCAGUCACGAGAUGCUCUCUGGAGAAGGAUACAGCUGGAAUACCAACAGUUGCAUACAGAAUUGCUGAAAAUCAGGGAGUACAAAGAUAUGCAGGAAAUUCAAAUGAAGCAUCAAUCAUCUUGUGUACAACUUACUGAGCAACUAGAAAAUAAAAGCACUGAGUUAUUACUACUGGCACAAAGUCAAGAAUGCCAACAAGAAGAGCUAAACAAGAUAAGAAACCAUCUUUAUCGAGAGGAGCAGUCCCAUUGCUCUGAGCAGGAAAGAAUGAAGACAGAAAUCUCUGACCUGACAGAAGAGCUUCAUCAGAAGGAGAUUACUAUAGCAACUAUCAUGGAGAGAGCUAGUCUUCUGGAAAAGCAGUUAAAAAUGGAGUUGGAGAUGAAAGACAAAUUGUUAGCAAAACAACAGCUGCUGGAUUUCCAGUGGAAGAUUAUCAAAGCUGAAAACACAGAGAUAAAAGAGAUGGUGGAAAACCAGGAGGGUAAAAGUUGCAUGAGUAUAGAUUUAUCUAACAACGAACAUGGAGAUUUCACAGCUUGCCUUCGCAAACUGGAGCAUGACAAUAUAAGGUUACAAAAUAGUCUUGUUAAACUACAAAGUGACACAGAGACAUCCAUGCUUGGUCUCAUGGAUACAUACAGAGAAACAGAGCACCUCUACCAAACCCCUUCAAACAUGCAAGGAAAGGCAGAGAGAGGUCAUGAAAAAAGAGUAGAAGAUAAACCUCCGUCACCACCAGUGAGGCAUCCUUUGGGCUUUGGCGUGCUGUUUGCUGAACAGGGCAGAACAGGCAGCUGUCUGAGCCCUGCUUGCAAUGUGGAAGACCUCAAAUUCUCAGUAAGGCCCAAUACAUCAGAAAGCCUGUCUCGGACUGGAAGGAGGUCUUCCCCUGAGAUGUCCCUCCUUGCGACAAGAGAAAAGCUCCUUCAAGAGGAAGAGAAACACACCAGGGAGUUUGCAGAACGUUUAAAUUCACACCUUGAAGAGCUGCAAAGACACUCUGAAAAUACUCUGCAGAAAUAUGUCAGGAUGCAGCAGAGCAGGCAUACUUAA